AAAGUCUUCAAAACACACUCCUUCGCACAUCCUCUUUUUGACCCUUCUACCUCGCCAUUCCCGGUCAGCUAGAAGUAUCUACAGUCCUUCGUUCGGAACACCACACUCGCUAUCUUGCUCGUCUUGCCUUCAGCUACAGUCCUUUGCUCCCACUAACACAAUUCGCCUAUACAACCUUUGACCUCCUCCACAUCAGUAAUCAUGCAAAUCAAGACUCUCACCGCGUUGGCUUUUGCCUCGCUCGUUUCCGCUCAGACCUACACUGACUGCGAUCCCACCAAGAAGACCUGCCCCAAUGACAAGGCCGUCGGCAAGGAAAUCAUCAACAUCGACUUCACCAAGGGCGCCGACAGCUUCUUCAAGAACAUGGUCGGCACUACUCUCCAGUACGACAACAAGCUCGGCGCCGUCUACACCAUCAAGAAGGAGACGGAUGCUCCUACCGUUGCCAGCUCUCGCUACAUUUUCUUCGGUCAGGUCGACGUUACCGUGAGGGCCGCCUUCGGCAAGGGUGUCGUCACCAGCUUCGUUCUUCAGUCCGACGACCUCGACGAGAUUGAUUGGGAGUGGAUCGGCAGCGACACCACCCAGGUUCAGACCAACUACUUCAGCAAGGGUUGCACCGAGACCUACGACCGCGGUGGCUUUUCUACCGUCGCCAACCCCCAGAACGAGUUCCACACCUACACCAUCAAGUGGACCCCCACUCAGCUCGACUGGAUCAUCGACGGCGCCGUCGUCCGCACCCUCAAGGCCGCCGAUGCCAAGGGCUGCGCCGGCUUCCCCCAGACUCCCAUGCAGAUCAAGCUCGGCACCUGGGUUGCCGGUCGCAAGGACGCCGCCCAGGGUACCAUUGAGUGGGCCGGCGGUAUCACCGACUUUAGCGAGGGUCCCUUCAUGGGCUACUACCAGAGCAUCAAGAUUCAGGACUACAUGGGUGGUGACGGUACCACCGGCGCCAAGGACGCCACCGAGUACCAGUAUGGCGACAAGAGCGGCACCUGGCAGAGCAUCAAGGUCCUCACCGGUACCUCUACUACCGAGGACAUUGACACCAAGUCUGGCUCUUCUACUGCCACCACUCUGAGCGCCGUCCCUUCCGCCUCCUCCACCUCCGGCUCUUCCUCGCUCCCCAUCGACAGCACCCUCAACAACAACAACGGCAGCAGCUCCACCAGCGACGCUACUGAGGCCACCAAGAGCGGCAAUGUCGUCACCGGCGGCGCUGGCAAGCUCGCCAUGAGCAUUGCCUCCUUCGGCGCUGCCCUCUUCGCCGGCGCCAUGCUUCUUUAAACUGCUUGCCUAAGCCAAUGACGAAAGAAAAAAAA